UUUUUUGCAAGGGGCUGACUUUUUUCAACCAAAUUGUAUCGCCUGUCAAGAAUUUUCAUGUAACUCUUGGAAACCUGCUGCAGAGUCUUCCCUAUUUGCUAUUCAGUCCUGUUUUCUUCUCCCUUUAGCAGGUUGAAGUUCAUGAGUUCGCCCAGCCUCAGUGAUCUGGGCAAGAGAGAGCAGGCAGCCUUGGAUGAGCGGGGGACCCAGCAGCGACGGGCCUGCUCCAACGCUACCUGGAACAGUAUCCACAAUGGAGUAAUAGCGGUGUUCCAGCGUAAGGGUCUCCCGGACCAUGAACUUUACAACCUCAAUGAAGGAGUCAGGCAAUUAUUGAAAACAGAACUGGGAUCCUUUUUCACUGAAUAUCUACAGAAUCAGCUCCUCACAAAAGGCAUGGUCAUCCUAAGGGACAAGAUCCGGUUUUAUGAAGGGCAGAAACUACUCGAUACCUUAGCUGAAACCUGGGAUUUUUUCUUCAGUGAUGUCCUGCCCAUGCUUCAGGCUAUUUUCUAUCCUGUGCAGGGGAAGGAGCCCUCAGUUCGGCAGCUGGCUCUUCUGCACUUUAGGAAUAUAAUUACCCUCAACAUUAAAUUGGAAGAUGCAUUAUCACGUUCCAGAGCCAGAGUUCCACCUUCUAUUAUUCAGAUGCUGUUAAUACUCCAGGGGGUUCAUGAGUCGAAAGGUGUGACUGAAGAUUAUUUGAAACUGGAAUCCCUGAUCCAGAAAGUCGUUUCGCCUUACUUGGGCACAUACGGUCUGUAUUCCAGUGAUGGACCCUUCACGCACUCUUCCUGUAUCUUGGAGAAGCGGUUCUUCAGGCGUUCAAAAUCGGGUGACAUCCUUGCCAAGAACCCCGUGGUACGAUCGAAAAGCUACAACAAUCCACUGCUGACGCCAGUGGCCGAGUAUGAAACUGAGGGCAUGGCUGCCAAUGGAACGGGCAUCCGAAGGCACUCUGUUUCGGAAAUGACCUCCUGCCUGGAGCUACAGGGGUACUCCAACCUCACCACCAUCAUGGACAACGGUUCCAAGAGCUCCAUGACGGCCACGAAAAGCUCUCUGUCAGGGGACCAGGAGAGGCCCAGCACCGGGUCAGUGCAAUGCUCUAGCAAACUCAGCACGGUUGAGCAACAGAAAGGACUCUUCCACUCGAUGGACGACCCACAUAGGUCUUUUGAGCUGGACAGGGACCCUUCCUUGAUUCCAGUUCCUUCUUCCAGCCCUGAGAACAUAGUGGAUCAGAUUUUGGAGUCGAUCGACUCUGAUUCUGAAGGCAUUUUUAUUGAUUUUGGCCGAGGCUGUUCCAAUUCAUCAGCAUACAAUGUGGAUGUGAACAGACAGAGCAUCAUGUGAAGGACAUUGGGAGACAAACCUUGGGUUUUAAUAUUAUAUAUGAAAGUUACUAACGCAUUGAGUCGGACUAUGGGCAAGCUAUAUAUGUCUAGGGCAGAACCUCUGUUGUAGGUCAUCACAGCUGUACUGAAGUACACAAAAGUUUACAGCAGGCGGGAAUCUGCUGCGAGGGGGAAGAAACUCCAACCACUUCUCCCUGUCCCUGUCACUCUGCAGUCAGAUUUCUUAUUGUCUUUAUAAACUUAGGGGUUCACAAGCUGACAAGUGUCUGGUAAAAUGCUAAAAACACAGCUGGCAGUGUUCGUUCAGUAAAACAGCCUAGCAAAUAGCUGUGUUCACUUUAAAUUUUCU